AUGGCUGAACGUAUUGUUUUUCUACAUCCCGAUUUGGGAAUCGGUGGGGCCGAACGCUUGAUAGUGGACGCGGCGGUCGCUGUCAAUCAAUCCGGUUACCAAGUCAAAAUAAUUACAAAUCAUCACGAUCCCAGUCAUGCUUUUGAGGAGACACGGAAAAGCGAAUUAAAUGUUACACCGGUUGCUAGUUGGUUUCCUAGAUCGGUGUUUGGUCGCUGUCUGGCCUUAUGCGCCUAUGUGCGUCUUCUGUUAGCUGCAUUCUAUUUGAUUUUUACCUGUGACAAGAAGACGGACGUUGUUGUAGUGGACCAGAUUUCUGCUCCUUUACCCUUAUUACAUCUAACUCUUUUCUACUGUCACUUCCCAGAUUUGUUACUGACCGACCGCAAGAGUCGUCUGAAGAAGAUUUAUCGUCUGUUCAUCGAUUUUAUUGAGGAACAUUCCACCGGUUGGGCGGAUAAGAUUGCCGUCAACAGUCAGUUUACUGCCGGAGUAUUUCGCCAGACCUUCACUUCUCUGAAGAAUGUUGAUCUUGAAGUACUGUAUCCUGUCUCCAAUGUCUCAAACUUAAAGCUGUGCCGCAAAGCGCUUACAAAGUAUGUCUUUGUAUCUAUCAACCGAUAUGAACGGAAGAAAAAUCUCCAACUGAUUCUCUUCUCCCUGACCAAACCACAUGAAGUGCAUGUGGUCAUUGCCGGUGGUUACGACACUCGCGUGCUGGAGAAUGUGGAAUAUCACGAGGAAUUGGUCGAGCUGGCCCGUAACCUAAAUGUGAGUGCACGUAUUUUGAUUCCGAAUUGGCCAUUUGCACUCAUUUCGUCUUCUCCACAAGUGAAAAAUUUACUGAUCGCAUCCAGCGACGCGGUCCUGUACACCCCGGAAGGUGAACAUUUCGGUAUUGUCCCGGUUGAAGCUAUGUUCCUCUCGCGACCAGUGAUCGCUUUGGAUUCUGGUGGUCCGAGGGAAACAGUUAGUCACGGAACAACUGGAUUCCUUUGCCCAACUGAACCCAAAGUACUGCUCCCUGUCAACUAUGCUACUCAAAUGAGUCGGUGCGUUCUUCCAAUCACCCAAAAUUUGUUUUUCUGCCUGUUGAGUAAUUAUGAUUUGAACCGUUAUCGGUCCAAACCGCACGUCCACCGAUUCACCGCGUUUGUAGGCAGCUCUGUUGGCAAUGUCCUUGUUAUGAGUUUGACGACAUCCGGAGGCAGGGCGUCAACACAGAUCUAG